GUCACCGGAAGUGGAUCACGUGUUCCUCCGCCGGGAUGCUCCGUCUGGAAACAUCUCGUGGAAUAACUAUCUCAUCUUUAUAGUCUAAUAAUAAUCACAAACACGCCGCCGUUCCUCUCCAUCUCCUCCGCUCCGGUAGGCUGGCUCUCUGGACCCGGUACCGAAUAUAAACCCGGACAGUAUGGAGACCUUUACGGACUCGACCUCCCAUCAGGAAGCUGCUCGGUUACUAUUUUAUUCUUUAAGUUAGCGCUUACUCUCACUAACCGUCACUAACCGUCACUAACGGUCGCGUGAGCCUGCUUCAAACAGCACCAGGGUCGCUUUAUAAACUGUCUGAUUCUACUUCUCCCGACGACAUGACUGGAAUUUAACUGUUUUUAAAAGUUUUAAUCAACUUUUCAUCGAACAAUGAAGACUCCUCUGGCUCCCGGCAUACGAUUCAUCACGUCCUUUUCUCGAGAUAGUUUGUAUCGCGGUUUCAUUCUCUUCCUCACCUUCCUCUUCUACACGGCGUACCAUCUGUCACGGAAACCUAUCAGCAUUGUUAAGAGUCAGCUGCACAGAAACUGUUCCUCAGCCGUCCGACCAGCAGACCUCAACAUCACCAACAAUGUCACCUGGUGUGACUGGGCGCCGUUCGACCAGGACAACUAUCAGACGCUGUUUGGGGUUUUGGAUAACUCCUUCUUGGUCGCCUACGCCAUCGGCAUGUUCUUCAGUGGGAUAUUUGGAGAGCGCCUGCCUCUGCGGUACUACCUCAGCUUUGGGAUGCUGAUGAGCGGGUUGUUCACGUGUCUGUUUGGCCUCGGCUUCUACUGGAAAAUCCACUCGUUAGGCUACUACGCCGCCAUCCAGGUCAUGAACGGGCUCAUGCAGACCACCGGCUGGCCUGCAGUGGUGGCUUGUGUCGGCAACUGGUUUGGAAAGGGGAAACGUGGGUUCAUCAUGGGCGUGUGGAACUCCCACACCUCCGUGGGAAACAUCCUGGGCUCCCUCAUCGCUGGAGCCUUCGUGUCCUCGGAGUGGGGGAUGUCCUUCAUCGUCCCCGGACUCAUCAUCGCCUCCACUGGGGUCCUGUGCUUCUUCUUCCUGGUUGAGAAACCUGAACACGUCAACUGUACUCCUCCUCAGCACCACAGCGAAAAGGAGAGCGUCGAUCCGGAGACCGUCUCGCAGAACUCGACCCACGUUGAGAGACCCGCCUACGGUUCCAUCACCGCCGAGCCUGCGGAGGUUGUCGAGGAGGAGCACGCCGAGGCCAUCAGCUUCUGCGGGGCUCUCAGUAUACCGGGCGUGGUGGAGUUCUCUCUCUGCCUGAUGUUCGCCAAACUGGUCAGCUACACCUUCCUGUACUGGCUUCCUCUCUACAUCUCCAACGUAGCACAUUUUGAGGCCAAAGAGGCGGGAGACAUGUCGACACUGUUUGAUGUCGGAGGAAUCAUUGGAGGCAUCAUGGCGGGCCUCGUGUCCGACUACACGGGCGGCAGAGCGACGACCUGCUGCGUCAUGUUGAUCACUGCUGCUCCGAUGCUUUUCCUCUAUAAUUACAUCGGACAAAGGAGCCUCGGUACUACAGUCGGAAUGCUGCUGGUGUGUGGAGGCCUGGUGAACGGACCGUACGCCCUCAUCACUACCGCUGUAUCUGCUGACCUGGGAACACACGAGAGUCUGAGAGGAAACUCCAGGGCGUUGUCAACGGUGACGGCGAUUAUUGACGGGACCGGUUCGAUCGGAGCUGCGAUCGGUCCUCUGUUAGCCGGCGUGAUCUCUCCCACCGGCUGGAACAACGUCUUCUACAUGCUCAUCUCUGCCGACAUCUUCGCCUGCCUGUUUUUGACCAGGCUCGUAUAUAAAGAAGCUCAGGGUUGGUGUCGACGUUCUCCCCGAGCCAGAGGGUUCAAAGAGAUCUGAAACACUCAACACACAAUCAAACUGGGAACCAAACAUAGAAAAGAGGGACACAAUGCUGAAACUGACCUCAGUGGACACGACGACCUCUUUCCAUUUAGGCUGAAUGGAAACCAGCGGAGCCACCAGUGGAAGAUUUCAGGCACUAAACGGACCACUGAAGCCUUCUUCUUAUUGUAAAACAAGAGAGAACUAUGUCUUUAUGGAGACGACGCCUUUUUAACUUAACUUUGUUUUGUUUUAAUAUUCUUUUAUCAUUAAAAGUGUACAUACUGUA